AUGUCGUCAACACCCGCUUCUUCAUCAGCAAUACCCUCAUCAGUAUCACGCGUUCAAUCAGCAAAUAAUAAUAAAUCUAAUGAAGAAUCAUCGAAAGAUCUCAACAAUGCAACAUCAAUUAUUGAAAAAUCAUCUCGUCCAUCAUCAGCACAAAAUAUUUUGUCAACGGUUGCUGCAAAUGAACGUCCGCCAUCAGCGAGUAAACAAUCAGUUGAAUCUACUACUAUCGGUAGUCGACCUGGAUCAGCAGCAAAAAUUUCUUCCCAGGAUACUAUUAAUCGACCAUCAUCAGCCGUAAAAAGUGAUCCUACUCUUACGUCAAAUUCUGACACCCCACUCACGGUUCAAACAACUUCAAGACCAACAUCUGCUAAUGUAAAACAGGUUGAAACAAUGUCAAACCCUAUUAAUAUUAUUCCAACAAAUUCACGGCCAUCAUCAGCUAAUAAAAAAUCUGAUGAUGCAACUAUUACCAAUGUCACUACUGGAAUAACAGGUUCAAGACCACCAUCAGCUAGUAAUAAAUCAGAUGAUACAAUUACUAUCGAUAAUAUCACAACUACAACAACAGGUUCAAGACCAUCAUCAGCGAAUAGAAAACAAGAUGACACAACUACAAAUAACUGUUUCAUUACGUUAUCAAGUUCACGACCAUCAUCAUCAUCGAAUCGGAAACAAGAAGAAACAACUAUAAAUCAUACUGAUACUAUUAAACAACACGAUACAUCAACUACAAUUGAUCUAAAUGAUCCGAACAUAACACAACCAAUUAUAGGACGACCAUCAUCAUCAGCAACAGCUAAAAAAGUAUCUAACGAAGGACCCACUACGAUUGCUAAUCUUAUUAGUGCAGUUCCGCUUAAUCCUUCCUCAAUCAAUACAUCAUCAUCAUCGGACAAUAACAAAUCCAACUGA